GAAAUUGGAGGAAGGAGAUGGCACGAGGUGAUUUAUAAGCAGAUUAAACAGAAAAUUAACCUGCGAUCGAGCAGAUAUUUAUAUAUAAAUAAUGGCGGUUUGCACUAGAUAAUCCAUCUGAAAGAUGAUGAUCCAGAAGGAGAGGACGCGGCAUGCCCUUUACUACUUAACUCUGUUGGCUGUGGUAGCAGAUAUUAUUUCUGGCUUUGCUGAAUUAUAUUUCAAAGUGGAACCAAGUGAUAUCAUAGUUGUAAAAGAUGCUCCGGCAAUGUUAGAUUGUGUUGCAAUUGGAAAUCCAGUUCCAGUUAUUGAAUGGAAGAAAGAAGGUGCUAUUAUGCAGUUUAUAGGAGAAACAAGAAGAUCGAUUCUUCCAAAUGGUUCACUUUACUUUAGUAGUGUGUAUCACACUCGUACAGAACGUCCUGAUGAAGGAGUGUAUCAAUGUAUUGCUACUAUUAAAAAUGUUGGCACUAUUGUUAGUCGUUUAGCUAAACUUCAAAUUGCUUCAUUGCCCAGAUUUGAUGAACAACCACGUGACAUGACAGUAUUUCCUGGACAGUCUGCUUAUUUUCCUUGUGCAAUACAAAGUAUACCUCCUGCCAUUAUUUACUGGUUGAAAGAUGAGCAGCUAUUUCAGUUGGAUCAUUCUCGAAUGAUUGUCUUGCCAAGUGGUGCUUUGGAGAUUGAUCAUAUUCAGGCCACUGAUAGUGGUACAUAUCGUUGUAAUGCAUCUAAUAUCGAGAAAUUUAGACUGAGCUCUGCUGGGACACUUUCUGUCAGUUUAGAUUAUGCUGAAGCAAACAGAAUAUCAGCUCCACAGUUUAUUGCAACACCAAAAGAUAUAAUUGCAGUUGAGGGAAAUAAUGUAACUCUGGAUUGUGCUGCCAACGGUAAUCCUCGGACAAGGAUCGUCUGGUUGAAGGAUGGAAUUACAAUAGACAUGGCUCAUUUAGAUAGUAAGUUCAUGAUUGUUGGAAUUGGAAAUUUACAAAUUGAGAAUGUAAAGGAAAGUGAUAAAGGAACAUACAUGUGUAGAGCAGAAAAUCAUGAAGAUUCAGUUGAUGCUAGUGCAACUCUUGAAGUUCAAGUUCCACCAUAUUUUGGAAAAAAGCCACAAAAUAAAUAUGCUUAUGAGAAAGAAGAUUUGGAAUUUGAAUGUGAAAUUCAUGGUUUUCCUGAACCAUCAGUACAGUGGGUCAAAGAUGGUGAUCUUAUUAUCCAAAGUGAAUAUUUUCAACUUAUAAAUGGGUACAAUCUAAGAAUUCUUGGUCUUGUGAGGUCUGACAUGGGAAUUUAUCAAUGUAUUGGUUCAAAUCCCAGUGGAAAUACACAAUCAUCAGCUCAACUUGUUAUUUUAGAUCCAGCUGAAGCAAACAGAAUAUCAGCUCCACAGUUUAUUGCAACACCAAAAGAUAUAAUUGCAGUUGAGGGAAAUAAUGUAACUCUGGAUUGUGCUGCCAACGGUAAUCCUCGGACAAGGAUCGUCUGGUUGAAGGAUGGAAUUACAAUAGACAUGGCUCAUUUAGAUAGUAAGUUCAUGAUUGUUGGAAUUGGAAAUUUACAAAUUGAGAAUGUAAAGGAAAGUGAUAAAGGAACAUACAUGUGUAGAGCAGAAAAUCAUGAAGAUUCAGUUGAUGCUAGUGCAACUCUUGAAGUUCAAGUUCCACCAUAUUUUGGAAAAAAGCCACAAAAUAAAUAUGCUUAUGAGAAAGAAGAUUUGGAAUUUGAAUGUGAAAUUCAUGGUUUUCCUGAACCAUCAGUACAGUGGGUCAAAGAUGGUGAUCUUAUUAUCCAAAGUGAAUAUUUUCAACUUAUAAAUGGGUACAAUCUAAGAAUUCUUGGUCUUGUGAGGUCUGACAUGGGAAUUUAUCAAUGUAUUGGUUCAAAUCCCAGUGGAAAUACACAAUCAUCAGCUCAACUUGUUAUUUUAGAUCCAGACCCUUCAGUACCCACCUUCUAUAAUUCUGUUACUACCCCUCAAAAUAUCUCAGGUGCCCAACCUCACAGCAAGGAUGUGCCUUCGUCACCUCGUGAUGUAGUAGCGGUGAUAGUAUCCACUCGUUUUGUUACUUUAUCAUGGAAAGAACCUCUUCAUACAAAUGGUGAAAUUGUUGCCUAUUCAGUUUAUUACAGAGAAGACCAAUCAACUAGGGAACGUGUAGUUAAUACAACUCGUCCACGUUUAGAGGAAGUCAGUAUUCAAGGUCUUCAACCUUCUACAAAAUUUUAUUUUAGAAUUGUUGCUUACAACUUAAAUGGUCCUGGUCAAAGUUCAGAGGAAGUUAUGGUUGAAACACAGCCAGAAGUUCAUGUACCCGGAUCUCCAGAAAGCUUACAAGCUACAGCAAUUUCCCCUAAUGCUAUACAAGUUCAAUGGAAAGCUCCAGAUCAAAAGAAUGGUCCAAUACAAAAAUACAAAUUAUAUUAUAUGGAAGUUGGAACAUCUGAAGAACAUGAAAUUACGACAUCUGAUACAAAAUAUACGUUAUAUGGCUUGAAAAAAUAUACUGAUUAUAAUUUCUGGAUUGUUGCAUAUAAUCAAAAUGGUCCUGGAAUGAAUACAGAAGAAGUGACAGCUAGAACUUUUUCUGAUUUUCCUAGUGAUACACCUCAGAAUGUUACUUUGGAAGCAGCCAGUUCUACAAGCAUAAUUGUAAGAUGGGAACCACCAGCAAAAGAUAAUCAAAAUGGAAUUAUUACUGGAUAUAAAAUUCGAUAUAAGUUAAAAGGUAGCAGGAGAGGAGAUACAGUAACAACAGAUGGAAACAGACGUCUUUAUGCUAUAACAGGUUUGGAGAGAGGUGCACAAUACAGUGUUAAAAUAUCUGCAUUAUCCAUUAAUGGAAGUGGACCAGCAACUGACUGGAUGACUGUAGAUACAUAUCAAAAUGAUUUGGAUGAAGGAAGAGUUCCUGAUCAACCUAGUUCUGUCAGAGCCCGACCAACAGCUAAUACUAUUUUUGUAAGUUGGACACCGCCACGUAAUCAAAAUAUUAUGAUAAGAGGUUAUACGAUAGGAUGGGGUAUUGGAUUUCCAGAUGUUUACACCAAAGUCCUCGAUGGAAAACAGCGAUAUUACACAAUUGAAAAUUUACAACCAUCUGCAGAGUAUGUGAUUAGUUUAAGAGCAUUUAAUCAAGUUGGUGAUGGAAGACCUAUAUAUGAAACUGUGAAAACAUUAAUAGAAAGCACACCUGAACCUAUCAUUCCAAUGUUACCACCUGUAGGUCUGAAAGCUAUUGUCUUGUCUUCAACGACAGUAGUAUUAUAUUGGACAGAUUCCACAUUACCUCGAAAUCAAGUUAUUAAUGAUAACCGUUAUUAUACUGUUCGGUAUACUGGAUCUACUUAUUCAUCCAAUCCAAAAUAUCGGUAUUUUAAUUCUACUGAUCUCAAUUGUAUGAUAGAUGAUUUAAAACCAAAUUCACAAUAUGAAUUCUCUGUAAAAGUAGUUAAAGGCCGACGAGAAAGCACAUGGAGCAUGAGUGUUUUAAAUUCUACUCAUGAAGCAGCACCUUCUUCACCACCUCGUGAUAUAAAAUUAGUGGAAGCUGAUUCAGCUCUUACAAUUCAAUGGCAACCUCCCAAGCAACCAAAUGGAGAGAUAAUAGGUUAUGUAAUCUUUUACACUACUGAUAAUACUCAACAUGAUAGAGAUUGGAUCAUUAAAAAUAUAAACAGUAAUCAUCUGUCAGCUGCUGUUGACAGUCUUACAUCUGACACUACUUAUUACUUUAAAAUUCAAGCAAGAAAUAAUAAAGGAUAUGGCCCGUUUUCAUCAGAAGUGUCAUAUCAUACAAAGAAAGAUAAUGAUGGAUUUACCAGCAAUAUGUUAUAUAUUAUUGUAGCUAGUGUUGGUGGUUUUAUUUUAGUUAUAGCUAUAAUUACUAGUAUAGUCUUUUGUAAACGCAGAAGAAAUAGAUUGAGAUCAAUUCAGAAAGUACGCUAUGGCACCAACAAAGGAGGCAAUAAAGGAAAAGGUAUUGGAAAAGAACUGAAACCACCAGAUUUAUGGAUUCAUCAUGAUCAAAUGGAAUUAAAGUCAAUGCAGAAAGGUAAUCAAGUAGAGUCAACACUGACAAUUACACCUAUACCUAGAAAUUCUCAAGAAUUAGCAGAUGAAAUGAUUAAUAUGUUAGAUAAAAAAGCAGGAACUUAUGUCGCAAUUAGUUCUACUGCAACAAUUCCUAAUAGUACAAUGGGUCAACAUUUUGAAGGUUCUGCUGGACUCUCUCGUCCACUCUACCCUCGAACACAGUACAACAUUCCUAGAGCUCAUGUUUCAGUAGAUACAUCUCAUCCUGAUUCACCAGAUUUGCCAUCUCCAUCUCAUAAUCAACAACCCCCAUUGCCUUAUGAGCAAGCUAUCAGUCAGUCUACUCCAGCUCCGCACAUAACACUUUGUCCAACAAUGGUUAUGGGAACAGGACAGCAUCCCUCCUAUUCGACCGUUCCCUCCAGUGGAAGUGGAAUGGGGACAUUAGGGAGAAAUGAGGCAUCUGCGAGUGGCACAUUAGGAAAGAGAAGUCAAGCUCAUCCACUCAAAAGUUUCAGUGUCCCAGCACCUCCCUGUCAGAGUGCUCCCACAACACCUCAACAAAAACAUAUAGUCAGGUCACAACCUCUAGCAAGUCCACACAAAGGUUUUAAUACUCCUACUUGUUCAACUCCUGCUGGACCAUCCUCUCAACAAUCAACACUCAAAUCUCAUUCUACAAUGCCAAUUGCAUCACAGCCUUCUUACAGUACUGAAGAACUAAAUCAAGAGAUGGCAAAUUUAGAAGGACUAAUGAAAGAUUUAAAUGCCAUAACGGCAUCGGAGUUUGAGUGCUGAAGAAAAAUCAUUUUGUUUGCAAAUUGUGCCAUAAAUUUAAGGACUGCAUAUUCAAAAUCUCAAGAGAGCGUUUGUGCUUCCAUUUGUUGUUUUUUGGAUGCAGUUUAGUUUUUGAGAAGAAUUAAAACAAUCACGAGAUUUUGAUGAAAUUUUUCUAUGCUCAACACUUUAUAACAGAAAGCAUUGAUUUAUAUAUUUAUUUUGAUAAACAAAUAGCAAAGAUUUUAAUUAAUUUGUUUUUCCAUUUAGGGCAUUAUGCAUAAAUCGAUCUAGACAAUGAUUUAUAAAAGAAUAUUUUCUCUAAUUAUAAUGAAUUUAAAAAACAAAAUGGAAAUUUUCAAUAGAUAAACUAUUUACAAAAAAAAUGUGAUUUUUAAAAAUGA